AUGGCGUGUGAGUUCUGUGGUUAUACCACCAGGAAAUGGAGUAAGCUGAAAAAACAUCACACAGAAGUUCAUAUGGCUUUGUAUAAAGAAAACAUUGCUACUGGUUUAAAAAAGGACAAUUUCAGAGAGGAAACGAUGACAUCUUCAUGUAAAUACCCAUCAGAUCACAGAUCAACUUCACCAAAUUGUGGAAACUUUAAUGUCCAAUGCUCAAUAUUGAAGGAGAAAAAAAAUUUAUCAUCAACUAAUGAAAUGACAGCUGAGCUUUACAACAAUAAAUUCAAAACAUGUGACAAAUUGCAGUUACAUCAUGAAAAUAAAACAGCUGCACCUCAAAAGUUACAAAAUUUAACUGGGCAAAAAUGUGAAUGUGCUCUGGAGAAUUGUACAACUUGUCAACUAUACCAUAAUGAUAAACAGAGAGGCAGUGAUCCUCCAACUGAGAUUUCUGUGUGUGACAUUUGCCAAAAAAGUUUUAAAUCCUUAUCUCAUUUGGCUUCUCAUAAAAUUGUACACACUCGAAUGAAAUGUUACAUAUGUUGCCACUGUGAUAAAAGUUUUAACAUUGGAGAAGAAUAUGAUCUACACUUAGCAACACAUUUUAGGUAUAAGCUAUUUAAAUGUGAAAUUUGUGAAAAAUGUUAUGCAGAUAAACAAUACCUAAAAGCUCACAUUAGGAUGCAUAAUGGAGAAUCAAUUCACAAAUGUGAGAAGUGCCAUUACACUUCACCUUAUCUGUGUCGGCUAAAACAACAUCAAAAGAUUCAUCUAAACUUUCAAUCAGUUGAUGGUGUUGAAAAUGUACAAGCUUGUGAUAUUUGCCAAAAAAGCUUUGUUUCUAUAGCUCACCUUUUGUCCCAUCAACUGAUACAUACACCUUUGAAGCUUUACAUAUGUAGUCAUUGUGACAGAGGCUUUAACUUACCAGAUGAAUAUGACCUGCACCUUGUAAUGAGACAUUUCAGCUGCUUCUAG